AUGUCAUCUCCCGAAAAAGAUCCCACCCUUCAAAUCCUCGCUUUCGAACCACACGACCCCGAAAACCCCUACAACUGGUCUAAACGCAAAAAAAUCAUGAUCAUAGCCCUCGGCACCCUCGUAGUGUUAAACACCACCAUGGCUAGUUCCCUCCCUUCACUCGCCCAACAAUCUCUUCGCGAACACUUUGACGUGCAACAAGAAAUCCAAGGCGUCCUACCCAAUUCCAUCUAUCUUGUUGGAUAUGUGCUUGGACCUACGUUGUGGGCGCCUAUGAGUGAGCACUUUGGACGGAGGUGGAUUACUCUGGGGGCUUUUGGAGUUUAUGCGGCGUUUAUGGCUGCGUGUGCUGUCGCGCCUGGGUGGGCUAGUUUUUGUGGGUUUAGAUUGUUGACUGGACUUUUUGGAGCGGCGCCGAUUUCUCUUACCGGUGGUUUAUUUGCUGAUGUGCUGGAUGAUCCGGUUUGGAGGGGGAGGGCUAUUUCUUGGUUUAUGACUGUUGCUUCUAUGGGGCCCUUUAUGGGGCCUGUGGUUUCUGGAUGCUUGGUGCAGUUUGGUUGGGAGUGGCCGUUUUGGUUCGGAUUGAUAUUCGCUGGAGCAUGUUUUGUUCCGCAACUGUUCUUCCUACCCGAAACUUUUGGGCCCGCUCUGUUGAAAGCCAAGGCCAAGAAGAUGCGCAAAGAACACACGGGUGCUAAUGUCUACGCUCCGCUGGAAUUGCAACGUGUGGGUGCACUGCAGAUGGUGACAAGAAUCGUUGGUAGGCCAUUACGCAUGAUGCUUCUGGAACCGAUCGUCAGCGCUACUUGCUGCUACUUGUCACUGAUGUAUGCGACUGCGUUCAUUUUGUUCCAGUCGUUUAGUGUGAUAUAUCCCCCGAUUUAUGGAUUUGGAAACCUUGAAACAGGGCUGGCUUUCCUCCCUCUGGUGGUUGGAAGUAUCCUCGCUCUUCCCAUAACUUUCUGGUAUGAUACCUAUAUCAGGAAAGCGAAGGCUGCCAGGAAAACCUGGGCCUCAAGAGAAGAGUACCAAAGACUUCCACUAGCAUGCAUAGGCGGCCCUCUUAUGCCAAUCGGGAUGUUCUGGAUCGGCUGGUCCGCGCGAACUUCAGUACAUUGGAUUGUACCCAUCCUAGGCGGCCUACCUUUUAGCAUCGGCUUUGUGCUUGUCUUCGUGGCGUUGUAUAACUACCUUGUAGACGCAUACAAGAUCUACGCGGCUAGUGCACUUGGAGCGACGAGUAUAGCACGUAGUAUAUGCGGCGUUGUGUUGCCUUUCGCGGCGAAGCCGAUGUAUGAUACUCUUGGAGUGACGUGGGCGUGUAGUUUGCUGGCUUUUGCGACAUUGGCUAUGUGUGCCAUUCCGUUUGUGUUCAUUUGGUACGGGCCAAUACUGAGAUCGAGGAGUCCUAUUUGUCAGGAGUUGGCUACACCAGAAAAGCGGCAAGAUGAAAAGGAAGAGAAGGAGAAGGAGAAACCGUAG